UCUCGCUGCAGCCGGAGCUGCGGGUCUCGUCUUCGUUUUUGUGUCCUGUGCUCCUGGAGGCCCAGCCUCUGUGGCUCUGUGACCAGCAGGUAUUAGGAGAUCACAGCUAAGAUGCCGGAAUCCCCUGGAAGCCUAGAAAUGGGGCCGUUGACAUUUAGGGAUGUGGCCAUAGAAUUCUCUCUAGAGGAGUGGCAAUGCCUGGACACUGCUCAGCAGGAUUUGUAUAGAAAAGUGAUGUUAGAGAACUACAGAAACCUGGCCUUCUUGGGUAUUGCUGUUUCUAAGCCAGACCUGAUCACCUGUCUGGAGCAAGGAAAAGAGCCCUGGAAUAUGAGGAGACUUGAGAUGGUAGAUGAACCCCCAGUUAUAUAUUCUCAUUUUGCCCAAGACCUUUGGCCAGUGCAGGGCAUAAAAGAUUCUUUCCAAGAAGUCAUAUUGAGAAGAUAUGGGAAAUGUGGACAUGAAGAUUUACAGUUAACUACAGACUGUGAAAGUGUGGAAGAGUGUAAUCUGUACAAAGAAGGUUAUAAUGAACUAAACCAGUGUUUGACAACUACCCAGAGUGAAAUAUUUCAAUGUGAUCAAUAUGUGAACGUCUUUUACACAUUUUCAAAUUCAAAUAUACAUGAGAUAAGAUAUACUGGAAAGAAACCUUUCAAAUGUAAAAAAUGUGACAAAUCAUUUUGCAUGCUUUUACACCUAACUCAACAUAAAAGAACUCAUAUUAGGGAGAAUUCUUACCAAUGUGAAGAAUGUGGUAAAGUCUUUAACUGGUUCUCAACCCUUACUAGACACAGGAGAAUUCACACUGGAGAGAAGCCCUACAAAUGUGAAGACUGUGGCAAAGCUUUUAAGCAGUCUUCAACUCUUACUGCACAUAAGAUAAUUCAUACUGGAGAGAAACCUUACAGAUGUGACGAAUGCGGCAAAGCCUUUAACCGGUCCUCGCACCUUACUACUCAUAAAAGAAUCCAUACUGGAGAGAAACCCUACAGAUGUGAAGAAUGUGGCAGAGCUUUUAACCGGUCCUCACAUCUUACUACACAUAAGAUUAUUCAUACUGGAGAGAAACCCUACAAAUGUGAGGAAUGUGGCAAAGCCUUUAACCAGUCAUCAACCCUUACUACACAUAAGGUAAUUCAUGCAGGAGAGAAACCCUACAAAUGUGAAGAAUGUGGCAAAGCUUUUUACCGAUUCUCAUACCUUACUAAACAUAAGAUAAUUCAUACUGGAGAGAAAUUUUACAAAUGUGACGAAUGUGGCAAAGGCUUUAAUUGGUCAUCAACGCUUACUAAACAUAAAAGAAUUCAUACUGGAGAGAAACCCUACAAAUGUGAAGAAUGUGGCAAAGCUUUUAAUGAGUCCUCAAACCUUACUGCACAUAAGAUAAUUCAUACUGGAGAGAAACCCUACAAAUGUGAAGAAUGUGGCAAAGCAUUUAACCGUUCCCCAAAACUUAAUGCACAUAAAGUAAUUCAUACUGGAGAGAAACCCUACAAAUGUGAAGUAUGUGGCAAAGCUUUUAACCAAAUGUCAAACCUUACUAAACAUAAGAUAACUCAUACUGGGGAUACAUCUUACAAAUACCAAGAAUGUGAUAAAGCCUUUAACCCAUCCUCAACUCUUACUAAACAUAAGGUAAUUCAUACAGGAGAGAAACCAUACAACUGUGAAGAAUACAGCAGAGCUUUCAACCAGUCCUCAAACUUUAUUGACAAAGUAAUUCAUACUGGAGGGAAACCGUACAAAUGUGAAGACUGUAACAAAGCCUUUAACCAGUCCUCAAUUCUUACUAAACAUAAGACAAUUAAUACUGAAGAGGAACUCUAUGAGUGUGAAUAAUAUGGCACUGCUUUCAACAAGUCCUCAAUUUGUAAUAGACCUAAGAUAAUUUAUACUGCAAAAAAAAACUACAAACCAGAAAGAUGGUCAGUGCUUUUGAAAACACCUCAAACUUUUUUAUUUUUUUGAGACGGAGUCUCACACUGUUUCCCAGGAUGGACUGGAAUGGCGCGGUCUUGGCUCACUGCAACCUCUGCCUCCCGCGUUCAAAUGAUUGUAGAGACGGGGUUUCACCAUGUUGUCCAGGAUGGUCUCAAUCUCUUGAUCUAGUGAUCCACAUGCCUUGGCCUCCCAAAGAGCUGGGAUUACAGGCGUGAGGCACCAUGCACGGCCUAAAACUUUCUUAAACAUUAAAAAAAAUACUGGUGAGACAUAUUAGAAAAGGAAAGAAUGUGACAGAGCCUUUAAAUGGUUGUCACACUUGAUUGUAGGCCAGAUAAUUCAUACUGAAGAAAACUUCUACGGAGUGAACAAUGUGGCAAAACUUUGAAUGAAUGCUCACAGCUUAUUGCACUGGAAAGCAUUUAUUAAGAAAAAUUUUAUAAAUAUAAAGACUGUGCAAAAGCCAUUAAUGUCUGUUCACAUCUUACUCAACACUAGAGAGUUCAUACUUAAUAAAAGGAAUGUAAGUGCAAUUACUGUCAAAAGAUCUUUCAGAAAAUAUCAACCUUUCAAGUGAAGAAGAGUAUUUAUUUUGAAGAUGAACAUUGAGAUGUGAAAAGGAUCACAGUACCUUUUUUUGUAUCACAGGUCUUAUUGUACACAUUUUGUACUAGACGAAAACUCUGAAGUAGUUGCUCAAACUUUGCUCAACAUCAGAAAAUUUAUAUUGAAGAAAAACCUUGCAAAUUUAAUAAAUUUCAAGACACUUUUUCAAAAAUACAGCUUAGAAGACUCCAGAGAUUUUAUACUAAAAUCUAUUUUUGCACAUAUAGUAAAAAUGAAAAAAUAUUAAUUCAAAAUUAAGGCUAUGUAAAUAUCAGAGAAUUUACAGUAGAAAUAUAUAAGACACUGACACUCCAGAUGUACUAAAUCAGAGUGCUGGGUAUAAAAAAAUUAAAGUUGGUGGAAAAGUUGUUUGUAUAUAAGUUUAAAAGGAGUAGGUUUUUUAGAGAGUUAUUACAUUCAAAGUAUACUUUAUUUCUUGAAAAAAGUACAGAUUUUUUAAAAGUAAAUAAUUAUGUCAUUCAACUCUCCAAUUAUUUCCUGCUGUUUCUUCAUUCCUGUUGUAUUCACAUGUGAAAGCACGUGAUCAGCUAUUGCUGCAUUAAAGACAUGAGAUUCUUUUUUAUUAGGUGGCAUUAUUUAUGAUCUUUUCUAUGAAACAGUGAGGACAUUAAAAUGUAAGAUGCAUGAAGAAUAUAUAAGUGAAGAGGCUCUUUGUGGUUAACUUAAUAUUGAGUGAUGCAUUAGGUCAGUGUUCAGAGUAAUAUUCUUUUGCAUUAUGAGAAGAAAACAUUUUUAAUUUUAUUUAAAAUUAAAUGAAAACCUAUUAGUAUGUUACAUAUUAGUAUGUAAUUGUGCUUUUAUGUAAUAAAAUGCAAUAUGUUUAAAAAAU